AUGCAGCAGCUCAAUUCGAUAAACAAGAAGAACCUGCAAAAACAAGCGGAAGACCUCGCAAAUCAGAAAAACGUGCACUUCGACAAAAUUGAAAUCGAAAAGCUCCUGCUCGUCUUCACAGAACUAACAAAGAAUAAUAAGCGCCCAUUUUUAGAUAGAAACCAAUUCCGUGAUCUGCUGCAUGAACACUUUCGAAUGACCGAAGAAAUCCUCAUGGAUCGAGUUUUCCGCGCCUUCGAUGCUGACUCAGAUUCUCUUAUCUCAAUGAAAGAUUGGGUUCUUGGCCUGUCGAUUUUCCUCCGUGGUUCUCUUGAAGAAAAAACUGACUAUUCAUUCCGAGUUUAUGAUCUUAACGGUGACGGUUUCAUUUCCCGCGAAGAAAUGUUCCAGCUUCUCAAAAACUGUCUCGUCAAGCAACCGGCCGAAGAAGACCCAGAUGAAGGAGUCAAAGAAUUAGUCGAAAUCACUCUCAAGAAAAUGGACAUCGAUAAAAACAGCAAACUUUCGAAAGGAGACUUUGAAUCGUCAGUGCAAUCCGAGCAACUUUUACUAGAGGCCUUUGGCAAGUGUCUUCCAGAUCGUGAACUUUCAGAGGACUUCGAGCAUUACAUCUUCGGCAAAUGA